CCCAUCUUUAUAAUAUGGCCACCUUGGCAGAGAUCAUACCUUUAGUUUAAGUACCGUGUAAAGAAUUACCGUCUCGCUCUAACAACCUUGACAUAAAAUGUCAUAUGAACUGUCAAAAAAAUAAAAAAGAAAAGCCGAUCUACGUUGAAGAUUCAGAGAGACAAAACGUGUUUAAAGACUUAUGUAAUUUUACAUCUCAGAAGUGGGAUCCAACCGUGGAAAAUUGAUCAGAAAUGGAAACAAAAGAUACAAUGAUUUGCACCCUUGAAAAUGCUGGAAUUUCGAUACGUCCCGCUGCCACCAUUCGCGAAAUUCGCCAGCUAUACACCAGCGUUGUUGGUGGUGCUUCUGUCCCGGCAGAGAUUGAGGUUAAGAGUACGAUGGCCGAUACACGUGGAAAACAUGCUGAAAACAUCAGUGCCCCUGCUCCUCCGGAGGUUGAUGUUAAACGAGCACUUGCCGAAAUGGGUGGAGACAACGCAACAAAUAUUGAAAUCGACCAAGGCUCACAGAACGAAUCGCAUUGUGUAACUCCCGAAGAUGAAGUGGCUUCCCUACGAAAGCGACUUGAAAUUCUCGAGCUCCGAGAAAAAAUCAAGCAGUUAGAAACACGCAGUAAUGAGCCUGUUACACAAUCACCAACGAUAAUUAAAUUCGAAGAAUUUAUCGAUAAAUUUAGUGGUGACAAUUCAGACCAAAUUGAGCAAUGGCUACGUGAAUUGGAAAGAGCGUUUCUUCCUUACAAAAUGAAUGAAACCACAAAAUUCUACAAUGCUCGUCGGUUGCUGACGGGUACUGCAGCAUUGUUCGUAAAAACAAUCGAUGUGGAAACAUACGCUGAGCUUAAAGAGGAGCUUCUUAAAACCUUCGCUAAAACUCCGUCAAUUGAAAACGUGUACCGGCAAUUGAGAACACGUCGGCUUUCCCGCAAUGAGUCAGUAGCAAGAUAUGUUUUAGAAAUGAAACAAAUAGCCGGAGAUGAAAUCGUCGAGGAAGAAUUGAUCAACAUAAUAAUUGAUGGUAUUGGUGAUCCCAUAAACACCGCUGCUAUACGUUAUUCAGCCAAAUCCGUCGAAGAACUUCAACAAAUGCUGAAAAAAUACGAGAUGAUACGCCCUCAACAGAACUCAGUACAACGAGUGAACAUCGCUUCAUCGUCGACGUCCCCCCGUAAUGUUUCUGUGGUCAAGAACAAGAACGCCAUAGAAGAAAUCCGUUGCUACAAUUGCUCCAAAAUCGGUCACUACCAAAGUUCCUGCCCUUCCCCUCGACGACCUGCAGGAUCCUGUUUUUUGUGCCAUCAAAUGGGUCACAGUUAUCAGAACUGCCCUAAUCGGGUGAAGAACACUUCUGCUGCUAUCACUACACAGGACAGGGAAAUUGUAAAUUCAGAACAAGAGCCCGAGGAGCUUUAUUAGCAAAUCGAUAGUACCAAUGAUGUUUCUUGAUCGAGCAUGUAAUUCUGGAUAUAGAGGACUAGGAAAUACACAUUUAACAUCGCUUGGCCAAGUAAAAUGCCGUCUAAGGUUCCGAAACAAAAUAGUAAUACAUACCCUCAUUAUUUUACCAGAAGAAGAAAUUGCAUGGCCAAUAAUUGCAGGUAGAGAUUUAUUGGAAAAAUUAAAUGUGUAUUUGUGUGAAUUACCAUAUCAAUAUUCUGCCAAGGCAUUAAUGAAAAUAAACAGAAAAACACAAAUCAUACCAGAACCACUUGUGAUUUCACGGCUGCGCUCAUUUCAUAUUUUUAAAGAUUCCUCAACGAAUUGGG